AUGGCUGCCCUAAGACAUACAGAAGCAGACACCAAGUCGUUGGCUCCAUCUGUUUCCGACUCUGACCUCUCCAAGCCAACACCACUCCCUCAAACACCAGCAGAACCUUCUACAGAGAAAGCCUUGGACAAAGAGGCAGACUACAGUUAUGGUGGGAUCGAAGCACAAGAGCUCGACCGAGAGCUCUCACGAAUCGAGACCUCCGACUUCCCUAGAGCGUUUCCUCUUGCUAUGAUCACCGUCGCGCUGAUGUCCUCCAUCUUCCUAUGUGCUUUGGACAUGACCAUCGUCGCAACAGCAAUUCCAAGAAUUACUGAUCAAUUCCGUUCUCUCGACCAAGUCGGCUGGUACGGCUCUGCAUUCUUCCUGACUCUGGGAGCAUUUCAAUCAACGUGGGGAAAGGCCUACAAGUACUUCCCACUGAAGCUGUCCUUCCUGAUCUCCAUCUUCAUCUUCGAGAUCGGCUCCUUGAUCUGUGCAGUUGCCAACAACUCUACUACUCUGAUUGUCGGUCGAGCAAUUGCAGGUGCUGGCGGUGCCGGUAUCGCAUCAGGGGCGUACACCAUCAUCGCCUUUAGUGUUCCUCCAGCAAGACGACCCGCCUUCACCGGCCUAAUGGGAGCAGUUUUUGGUCUCGCAAGUGUCAUUGGCCCUCUCCUGGGUGGUGUCUUCACCGACAACGUCUCCUGGCGCUGGUGCUUCUACAUCAACCUCCCUAUCGGUGGCGUCGCAGCAGCCUUUAUCGUUGUCUUCUUCAAGACUCCGAAAGCUGCCCGUCCAGUCUCUGCUCCUCUUAAAGAGAAACUCCUCCAACUCGAUCUUCCUGGCUCAUUCGUCCUCAUGGCCAGCAUGGUUUGCCUCUUCUUGGCUCUACAACAAGGCGGUACAACCCAUCCCUGGUCUUCUGGCACUGUCAUCGCCGAACUCGUCAUGUUCGGUGUUCUUCUCGUCGGCUUCAUUGUCAUUGAGGUCUUCUCUCGCGAACGUGCCCUGCUCCAAGGCCGUCUGCUAGGCGACCGCACUAUUGGCGCAAUGUGCGCGUUCAUCUUCUUCGUUGCUGGCUCCUUCUUCGUCCUCCUAUAUUAUCUCCCUGUAUACUUCCAAGCAACGCGAAACGACUCCGCACAAGACAGUGGAAUCAAGAACCUCCCUCUUGUGCUCGGUGCCUCCCUCUUCACAAUGACAUCAGGAAUUCUCAUUACUGUUACGGGUCACUAUGUUCCCAUCGCACUGGUCGGCUCCAUCAUCUCCGCCAUUGCGUGCGGCCUGCUCUACACCCUCGAAAUUAACGCCUCAACAGGCGAAUGGCUUGGCUACCAAGCCAUGUCCGGCAUCGGUCUCGGUCUCGUCUUCCAGAUCCCUGUAAUCGUCGCACAGUCCGUCGUCAAGCCACACGAUAUCUCUUCCGUAACAGCAAUGAUUCUGUUCUUCCAGACUGUCGGAGGCGCCAUCUGGAUCUCGGCUGCCCAAGCUGGCUGGGCUAACCGCAUGCUCGACCAAAUUGCCGCGCGAUUACCUGAUGUAAAUUCUGGCCUUGUCAUUGCGACAGGUGCGACGGAGCUGAGACAUGUCUUUACAGCUGAGCAAUUACCAGAAAUACUCAACGCGUAUAUGGAAGGUUUGAGAAUACCGUUUGCCAUUGCUAUUGCCUUAGUGCUCAGUGUCGCGCCAAGAUGGGAGAAGAUCAAGGUCGACAUGACUGCUGGUGCAGCCUAA